ACUGAUUACCUUUCCCAUUUCCCAAAUCAAUUCAAGCUGAAAGAAAAGUACACAAAUUUGCGGAGUCCAUUAUUUGAACGAAAUAAGCUGUUGUUUCAGGUCAACUUCCGCCUUUUGCCACCUGAAAACAAUGGUAACUAUCGUGCCAUCCCGGUUCGCCGGUUUGCGAAUCGAGGACGAUGAUGACGAUUGUGCAAAACCAUCGCGAAACCAGAAAAACACAUCCAGCCAAAAACACUCCCAAUCAACGUCCACCGGUAAACACAUUCAGGCCGGUAAUCAACAGAAUCGCAAAGCUCUAAAGCCGAAAAAGCCCCGAAAACCAGUCAACGAGGAAGCUCAAAACAAACAAUGGUCCCAGUGGCAGGAGAAAGACACCGAAAUCGUGGAUACGCAUUACGAGAAAGAUUUGGAACAAGCUGUGCUGCUUUCCAAGUUGGACUUCGAAGCAAAUAAAACGAAAUACCUUAAGGCGGAGCAGGAAGUCAAACAGAACUCUAAGUCGAAAAAGUCGCGUCCUCUGUCACUUCAGCAAUUUCAGACCAAGAUUGACAAAGAUAUCUCGGAAAAAGAAGUUCAGAAACAGCGUAAAGAAGAAGAGGUGGAGUAUAAUAAAAAGUUUAGCUUUUUCGAGCAAAUUAAUCGCGAAACGAAGCAAAUCAUCCAGAAAGAACAAAUUAAAUCAUUGGUAGCUAAUCGCGAAUAUUGUCCUGAGAGCUCUUCACCAACAGAGAACGGUAACAGUGAAAAUGCUUCACCGGAAGCUUGCGAACUGGAUCAAUUGAGGGCAGAAAAUGCUGCUCUGCGAGCGGAACUGGAAGCACUUCGUGUCCGACAUAAGAAAAUUUGUUCAGUGCUUAAAACAGGAGAGAUGAAGGAUAAAACUGAACUGUUGCUCGAGAUUGAAAAGCUGAAGAAAGCUCGAGAGGACACGGCCGCUGAGAUGACGGCAUUGUACGAGCAACUCGAGCAGGAGAAAUCCAAAAUUGGUGGAUCUGGUCAGGAGAAAGGCAAGGAAAAACCGGGUGGCAGGAAGUCAGUGCGUUUCGAUGCAUCGUCAGAAGCUCACAAUGGGAGAGCUGAAUAGAUUAGAUAUUCAUAUAAAUGAGCGUACCUCACGAGAAAUUCCAGAAAUGUUUGACAAAACAUUGAUCUAAUUGCCUGAUAUUUCCAUGAUAUUAGUCGUAACCAACCUUUUAAAAAGAGUGUGAUGAAAUUGUAGUUUAAAUAAAUAGUAUAUUGACUGA